GCGCGUCACCUAUCUUCCGCUAUUUUACUUUAAUCAAAGAUGGCGAUGAAAAUGCAACCGUUUCUUCACGAAGUGCGAUACGAAUUAUAUACCUGGCUUGAACAAGUCUUGCUGCAACUAGGAGACUUGUUUGAAAUCCGCAUAGUAUGGAACAGUGACACCGCAGUCUUGACAGGGGCAUUUGCUCUGGCCGGAGGGCUGGUUGGAGGGUAUGCGGGCGGCAGGAAGGGGGCUGCGCUGGGGGUCGGUAUCGGCGGUGCAGCGGGCCUUGGGGUCUCUAGAUAUGUCUCCCUUCGAGAAAUCUGGGCUUCAGUAAAACACCAGCUCAAAGAGAUCCUGUUCAUCAUCCUCAACUAUCUCCGACGCUUGGACCCAGGGGACUACUGCCACGCGUUGGAGCUCUUUCUAGCCUGCUCGGCUAGUCGGAGGGAACUGGUGCUAACUUUAUUGGAGUUCAUCGCUUCUAAAUUAGGGAAGGAAGUGCUAUCUAGUAUUACUGCGGCGUAGGACUGGGGUAGGGAUUUAGUAAAGGUGUGAUGUGCUAAUGUUGAAAAUUUUAGCUUUGUGAUUAAAAAUUUCACUGUUUCA